CUCGCUCGCUGCACACGGUGUCAACGGUGGGUGCGCGAAGACUGAAUAUUUCAGAGUUUUCAGUGCGCACGCAUGCAAAUUGCAAAACACCAACCAGCAGGCAACCCAGGUGUCCAAUGGCAAUGAUGGUCGCCAACUCGCCAAGCAAGCACCGGCCAGCGCCAGCAACGGGGGGGCAGCAUUGCCGGCCGCGAGUUCCACCCCAACAUUUCCCUCGCACCACACGUAAACAGCACGGGACGGACCGACGCUUGUAAAAGUCUAAAUCCCAAGCUUCCACCACAGUUUCCUCUCUCGUCUCCUGCCUGACCCGCUCACCACAGAAAAAAAAUACCAAUACUCCUUUGUUAAUUCGCGAGCAAAUUCCUUUUUAACCUCUCUUUUCGCGCGCCCGCUGCUUCCCUCGAACCAGUUUAAAAGCCGCCCCAGAGCCCAGAACAACGCAAACAACUGAACAAGCCAACUCUGCCACCAUUAACCCGGGGAGCCACACACCAACAACUGAGCCAGAACCCAAACGCGCUCACGAAAUGCAUAUGCAGGUCCUCCGGCUGCUGGCGGCGCGGCGCGCCGUGCCGACCAUCGCCUCGGCCUCGGCGGCCGACGCGUGCUGCCAUGAGAGCCAGGACGAGGGGCCCUUCUUCGACCUCGACUUCCGGGCAUCCUCUGUCAGGGCCUCGUCAGCCAGCUCCGGCUCCGGCUCCGACUCCGACGAAUCCUGCGACUUCGUCAUCUCCCUCCAGCGGAGCCGCUCCAGCAGCGCCCUGCCGUUCCAGGAGCCCAAGCGUAGCAAGCUCGUUGGCCUGCGCACGCUCAGCUUCGGGGCCAGGUCGAAAGCCGCGCACUUCCCGCGCCGCCGGAGUUCCUGCUCCAGCUCCAGCGCGCGGUCGUCGUCGUCGUCGUCUCUUACUCUGAGGCUGUUCAUGGACACGCCUGACCGCACGGAGGAAGACGACGACGCCGUUGAGUCGCCCAGGAGCAGGCGAGCGGCGCCGUCGGGGGACGCCAUCAGGAGGUGCCUCAGCAGCAUCUCGCGCCGGCUAACACGCUUCCGCACCGUCGAUGCCGGCCGCCGCCUGCGCAAGUGCCACUCGGCGCCGGCGCCGGCGUCACGAAGCGACGACUCGGCUCUCCAGACGCAGGACGGCAUCGCCGGCGCCAUCGCGCACUGCAAGGAGUCGUUCCACCGAGGAAUAUAACCAAGGAGCGAUCUUGAUAUCCGGGGAAGUGCGAAGCUGCGGCAUAGAUAAUCUCCAAGCAGCUCUGCUCCCUUUGUGUUCAUCAGCAUUCUGGCCGAAAAGGUCGGUCUGGUAGAACGAGCUUACAGGCUUACUACUAGGAAGCUUCUCUCUGAACUUCACUAAAGAAGAAGGAACAUGGGAAGAAUUUUAAAAGGGAAAAGAAAUCGUCAAAGUGUGUCAAGAACAUACAUGCGGCGGUUAAGCUACGGCGAUCUUUGGUUUGUGAUUUGUUUAUGGGUGUUGGUUUGUGUGUACGUGUUUCACGUCCUUUUGAGUUUUAGUAGUUGAAAGGUUUUUGGUUAGCGUGGGGAAAUUAAAAGAGCUCCUUUUAGGCUUCUUAAUUUGUCUCCACCUCAAAAUCCAUCCCUCAUUGUAACAGAGGGUCGGGGAUUUCAGCAAUUCAGCUCAUCUGCGUCUUUCUAAUUGGUGUGUUUCCCCUUGCUUACUGUACUCUGUGUGCUUGUUUUGUCAGACACGUAAUUAGCCGUUCGGCGGCGGUACAUUCUUGGCA